ACUCAACUUCUCCUUUUAAUUGACGCACUCUUGUCCUCUUGCUUCUCUUCUCUCUAUAUACAGGUCCAUGAACGAAAAUUAACCAGAUUCUGUCCCUUCCUUUGUUUGUUUCUUGAGUUGCUCACUGUGAUAGGGAGAGUUACAAGAAGCAAACCGCAAAGUGCCAACCUGGGCUUCAAACUACUCUGACCCCUUUCGUUUAACUUCUUUGCUGGGGAUAUAUAUAGCUAGUUGCUAUGGCUUCUUCUUGGUCACGAUGCAUGAAAGGCUUUGUUUGAUGACCAUAUACAAUGGGUUCUUGUCGCCUGUUACCUGCCUCUAGAUCACUAGUGCUAACUACUGCAAUUUCCAUAUAUUUUCUGCUCUAUCCGGUCUCUUGUUUUGAUCAACACUUACAACCUCCAACUUCUCCUCGCAAGGGUAUAGCUUUUGAGGAGAAGGCAAGGCUAGGUUCGACCCCACCAAGUUGCCACAACAAAUGCAAUGGUUGCCACCCAUGCAUAGCAGUUCAAGUACCAGCUCUACCGAGUCAAAACGAACCAGUUCAAAUGGGUUCAGCUAAAACUAGCAGUAUUGAUGAGUUCUUCGACUCGUAUCCUGCAGGUAAUAGGUUCCCAGAUUAUAGGCCACUUGGUUGGAAAUGUCGCUGUGCUGACCAUUUCUACAAUCCCUUAACUUAAUAUGUAUUCUCAGUAAUUAAUAAGAGUUGAAUCAAAAUGGUGAUCAUUAUCAUCGUAAUUAUUCUUCCUAAUCUGUUUUGAAAUUGUGAUUAAAAGUA